ACUGGGCUGUCAGUGAGGAAAAGGAGGAAAGACAGAUUAGCUGGGGUUGAUGACGGAUCUGAAGCAAAGUCAUUCAGUGAGGCUGAAUGAUGGACACUUCAUGCCAGUGCUGGGAUUUGGCACUUAUGCUCCUGAUCACACUCCCAAAAGCCAGGCUGCCGAGGCCACCAAAGUGGCUAUUGACGUAGGCUUCCGCCAUAUUGAUUCAGCAUACUUACACCAAAAUGAGGAGGUUGGACAGGCCAUUUGGGAGAAGAUUGCUGAUGGUACCGUCAAGAGAGAGGAAAUAUUCUACACUACCAAGCUUUGGGCUACUUUCUUUCGGCCAGAAUUGGUUCGACCGGCCCUAGAAAGGUCACUGAAGAAACUGGGACUGGACUAUGUAGAUCUCUUCAUUAUUCAUGUACCAUUUGCUAUGAAGCCUGGGGAAGAAUUACUGCCAAAGGAUGCCAGUGGGGAGAUUAUUUUAGAAACCGUGGACCUUUGUGACACUUGGGAGGCCCUGGAGAAGUGCAAAGACGCAGGUUUAACCAAGUCCAUCGGGGUGUCCAACUUCAAUCACAAGCUGCUGGAACUCAUCCUCAACAAGCCAGGGCUCAAGUACAAACCCACCUGCAACCAGGUGGAAUGUCACCCUUACCUCAACCAGAGCAAACUCCUGGAGUUCUGCAAGUCCAAGGACAUUGUUCUAGUUGCCUACAGUGCCCUGGGAUCUAAAAGAGACCCACAGUGGGUGGAUCCCGACUGCCCACAUCUCUUGGAGGAGCCAAUCUUAAAAUCCAUUGCCAAGAAACACAGUCGAAGCCCAGGCCAGGUCGCCCUGCGCUACCAGCUGCAGCGGGAAGUGGUGGUGCUGGCCAAGAGCUUCUCUCAGGAGAGAAUCAAAGAGAACUUCCGGAUUUUUGACUUUCAGUUGACCCCAGAGGACAUGAAAGCCAUUGAUGGCCUCAACAGAAAUCUCCGAUAUGAUAAGUUACAAUUUGCGGCUAAUCAUCCUUAUUUUACAUUUUCUGAAGAAUAUUGACCAUGAGCUAUUGAACAUUAGUACCACAAUUUCCUCCUUUUAGGUGACAUAGAGAGGAUUUCUGUAUUUGAUAGAGGAGUAGGAAGUAGGAUCUGUAGUUGCAGAUUGCUUGCCAUUCCUUUCUUUAUUUUAUGAAAUGAAGACUUUAACAAGAAGUUUGUUUUUCCUGAUUAUUAAAGUGAUACCUAUAAAUUUUAAAAAAUGAAAAAUAAAAAA